CCAUUCCCGGCUCUCCCUUCUCCCUCUUUCUCCAUCUCCCCCUCGUCUGCAAAGUCUCCGCUGCUGGGAACUUGUUGGCAAUGCCUGUUUUUCAGCUUUCCCCCACGUUUUCCAAAGUAACUAUUUAAAGAUCUGCAGUCGCAAAUGGUUUUACUAAAUGUAGGAUGGGACUUAAGUUGAACGGCAGAUAUAUUUCUCUGAUCCUUGCUGUACAGAUAGCGUACCUGGUGCAGGCGGUGAGAGCAGCGGGGAAGUGCGAUGCGGUCUUUAGGGGCUUCUCGGACUGUUUGCUCAGGCUGGGCGAUAACAUGGCCAACUACCCGCAGGACCUGGACGACAAGAGAAAUCUCCAAACGAUCUGCUCGUACUGGGAUGAUUUCCAUUCCUGCACCCUCACAGCCCUCACGGAUUGCCAGGAAGGCGCGACAGAUCUUUGGGAAAAACUGAAAAGGGAAUCCAAAAACCUCGAUUUUCAAGGCAGCUUAUUUGAACUAUGCGGAGGAAGCAACGGGUCAGCUCCUUCCCUACUCCUCCCUGCCUUCCCCCUGCUCCUGCUGGCUCUCUCUGCAGCGUUAAUGACCUGGUUCUCCUUCUAGGAGGUCUCUUCUGGUAGAACACACAUACCCACCCACACACACACUCUCCAUAUACUGGAUUUAUAGAGGAAGUGUCCAUCCGUUUUUUGGGGACCGUUGUGAUUAUCUGUGAUGAUGAAACAUCCAUAUAGGAUUGUGGAAACGUUCUCUCUUUAUUUUGUGUUUUAUUUGCCAAAUGUUACCAAACAAUGAGCAACAAACAGCCAAAAUCGGACCUCAGCUUUAGUGUCUCUUCAAAUAAAAAUAGAAAACCCGAGCCCUUUGUGCAAAAGAAUCUCAGGAACGGCUUUGGGCCACCUAAUAUUAAUAAUCUUAAUAAAUAAUAACAACAACAACAACAACAACAAAAGAUGGGCUCCUCUUGUAAUAUGAAAGAAAACGAUGAGUUGAGAAAAAAGGCACUGGAAAUGAAUCCAAGAUUGAUAUCCACGUGUGAAGCAUAUGGUGAAUAACUCACAAUCUAUCAUCUUUCCUCCACAGUCGCUUGUUUAUUGGUCAUUCCACUGCAAAAAAAAA